UCCCCCUGAUCCCCCCCACAACGCGCCUCACGUUGCAUGGGUCCCCCGGUUCUGGGUGAGACAUUUGUACCCGCCGGGAUCCUUCCUUCCCAGGGAGGUGAAAGUCGCGGAGCGCGAGGCGCUGGAGCCCCGGGAGCCGGAGACAAACAACGAGGCGGACGCGUCGACAAGCCGAGCCCACCCCUUCUUCACUUGGCAACGCGACACCAUCCAGGCAGGAAGGUUCUCUCCUCACCCCUCCAUCCUCCCUAACCUGCUGUGUUGGGGAAGCCCCUGAUGAGUGGGACCUGUAUCCAUGAGCCCCACGCCCCUUCCCCUUCCCUGUCAGGCUUCAGCACCCCCAUCUCAGAAGCGCCCUAUCGACGACUCGAUGGAGACACCCCUGCUUGCACCCCAGAGACGGACCUGACCCCCACGCAGUGUGUCCUCCGUAACGUGCUGUCCAUCGACCCCAGCGGACAGGGGGGUCCGGGCGGCAGCAGCCCCAGUCCCAGUGAUGGACCCUCGGCCCACUUUGACAACAGCGUGCUGAAACUCCACGAACAUGAGGCCUGCCAGUGCGGCGGCAGCGGCGGCGGGGCCGUGGCGGGGCACAGCCCAGAGGCCGGCGCUGUCCGGAGACCGUCGGAGAACAUUAGGCUCCAAUCAGGGAGCGGGGGGUUUUUGGAGGGACUGUUUGGGUGCCUGAAACCAGUGUGGACCAUGAUUGGGAAGGCAUACUCCACUGAACACAAACAUAACCACGAAGAGUCCUGGGAGGUUCCCUUUGAGGAAAUUUCAGACCUCCAGUGGGUGGGCAGCGGGGCGCAGGGGGCCGUCUUCCUCGGCAAGUUGCACGGAGAGGAGGUGGCCGUGAAGAAAGUCCGGGACAUCAAGGAGACGGAGAUCAAACACCUCCGGAAGCUCAAGCACCCAAACAUCAUCACGUUCAAGGGCGUUUGCACCCAGGCUCCGUGUUUCUGCAUCUUGAUGGAGUACUGUGCUCAGGGCCAGCUGUACGAGGUGCUGAGGGCGGGCCGCAAGAUCACCCCUUCCCUCCUGGUCGACUGGUCCAUGGGCAUCGCCGGCGGCAUGAACUACUUACACCUCCACAAAAUCAUCCACCGAGACCUCAAGUCACCAAACAUGCUGAUCACACACGAUGACAUGGUGAAGAUCUCCGACUUUGGCACCUCGAAGGAGCUCAGUGACAAGAGCACCAAGAUGUCGUUUGCUGGCACCGUGGCCUGGAUGGCUCCUGAGGUCAUCCGCAAUGAGCCCGUGUCAGAAAAAGUGGACAUAUGGUCCUUUGGAGUGGUGCUGUGGGAGAUGCUAACCGGGGAGGUUCCUUAUAAAGACGUGGACUCAUCUGCCAUCAUCUGGGGUGUUGGAAACAACAGCCUGCAGCUGCCCGUACCUGAGAGCUGCCCAGACGGCUUCAAGAUCCUCCUCCGGCAGUGCUGGAACUGUAAGCCCAGAAAUAGGCCUUCGUUUCGUCAGAUCCUUCUUCAUCUGGAUAUAGCGUCAGCUGAUGUGCUGUCCACCCCGCAGGAAACAUACUUUAAGUCUCAGGCUGAAUGGAGAGAGGAGGUGAAGCAGCACUUUGAGAAGAUUAAAUCUGAGGGCACUUGUCUGCACCGGCUCGAUGAGGAACUGAUCAACCGGCGCAGAGAGGAGCUCAGGCAUGCGUUGGACAUCCGUGAGCACUAUGAGAGGAAGCUGGAGAGGGCUAAUAACCUUUACAUGGAGCUGAGCGCUGUGAUGCUGCAGCUGGAGCUGAAAGAGAAAGAGCUGCAGAGGAGAGAGCAGUCUUUGGAUAAAAAGUGUCCGAGUUUGUUCAAGCACCACAGCUCCAGACAGAACAGCUCCUCCAACUCUAUGGACAAACUCAUCAAGAAGAGAAACGUCCCUCAGAAACUGCCUUCAGGAAAGAGGCCAGAUAUCCUGAAGUCUGAGGUAAUCCUUCCCAAAAUGGAUUCCUCUGUGAUGCAAGUCACCAUCCCAGCCUGCUCCAACCGGGGCUCCACGUCUCCCAGCCGGUCUCGGAGAGUAAAGACCCGCCAUCGCAAGCCCGGAAAGGGCAGCAGCGGGGACCUGGCUGUUCCCAAGGCGACCCAGUCCUCCCCCAGCAGAGAGAAAAGUCCCCAGACCAACAGCACCGGCACCAACACCUCCAACCAGCUCCUGGAGCCCUCGGCGGCCCUGCGGGGCCUCGGCCACGAGCAGCAGCAGAGGCAGCUGUCCUCCUCCAGCCCCGACCUCAUCUGCACCGCCCUGGAGGCCGAGGGCCAGGGACAAGGGGAGCCCUCUGCGGGUGGGCUGGAGCGCGGGGGCAGCCUCAGCGCCUCUGCUGGUUUAGGGGGUUCAGAGGGAGGGGCAGCGGGUCUCGAUGACCUGACAGAAACUCCGCCGCGCAGCGACACCCCCAGCGAGGACGCCGCGUCCUUCCCGUUCUCCAGCAGCCCGGACUCUCCGUGUGGGAGGGGGGCGGCGGCGGGGAGGGCGUCCCUGGGAUCCCCUCGCCUUCCUCACGACGGAGAGGACAAAGACGAGGGAGCCGGCAUUGUGAGGAUACCUCGAGGGGCAUCAGGAGGAAUCGGGACACAACAUCUCACACCCUCAGCCAUCUUGUACAGGGCAGCUAUCACACGCAAACAGAGGCGUGGAGUGUCAUCUGAGGAGGAGGAGGGUGAAGUCGACAGUGAGGUUGAGUUGCCACGGAGACGGCGUCCGACCAGCAUCACCAAGUGCCAGUCGGUGUCCACCUUCAGCUCAGAGAACCUGUCCGUGUCGGACGGCGAGGAGGGACACACCACUGACCACUCCCACUGCGGCACCCCCGACGUGGUCAGCACCAACACCGACGACAGGUUGGACGAUCGGAGCGACGACCUCCUCUCUCAGGGGUCAGAGAUCCCGGCAGACAACACAGACCCGACGCAGGCGUCCGACGGCCUGUCGGAGAGGGACGGAGCUGUGGGGCAGAGCAAAGCUCAACUGGACGCCGGCCAGAAUCCUAAUGAGAGCCGGGCCUUGUGCGACGACUCGGACUGCGACAGUGCUGAGCUGGACCAGUCGGGCAGCGGAGAGCCCAGCCGCCCCCCCAGCGCCGGAGCCUGGGUGUCGCCGUCUCAUCCUUAUCAGGGCUCACCUCAGAUACCCCACACAGGACCUCCGUAGAUCACGGGACACAAGCAAAGACCUCCAGCUCCCACCACAGGCGUCCACCAAUCUGUCAGUGCUGUACAUUACUGUCACCAUGAGGGGCUCACACCCACCACACCACUCAGACAAGUCCACUUACGGGGUCUCAUGAGUUUGUCGGCGGGCAAACCUGCAUCAAAUGACAUAGAACAUUUGUCAUAACCUGACGUUAGAUAUUCUGGCAGCUUGUGACAUCACAUAUAUGUGUCAUUUUCAGUUAAGUAGGGGUGUCCUAGGCAAAAUAGGUACCAUGGUAACCUUAGCCACUGCGCCAGUUCAGCAAAAACCCUCCAUCUGAUGCACAUGCUCGCACAAGAAGACCCUCCACCUUUUAAACACUUUAACCUUCACUCCGGGAGGGUCCGCCACGAUCCUCCACACACGAAUGCAUCAAAUACUAAUGAAAAAUAAUGUAAAUAUUCAUUCCAUGCCACAUGAGAAAUAUCUAACUUUAUUUUAUUUGUAAGAUACAAUGUAAGACUUUUAACUGUAUGCAGCCCCCCGUGAACAAACGCAUGACUCCACCUUUAUAAUUUAUGGUUCAAAUGUGUUUGUUUUCUAUUUUGUGAAAGUUUACACUUUUUUAACCCUAAAAGUCGUAUCUAAGUUAUUUAUUUAUUUAACUUAUUUUUUUGUUAAUAUAUGUCAGCACUCAAGUAAAAAAAACAAAACAAAAAAAAAAAAAACGUCUAAAGUGAAUGAAAAUCUCACCAAAACAUGAAUUGUAAGGCAUUAAUAGGAAACUCAGUAGAAAGUACUUAAAAAUAACCUUCUACUGAGUUUCCCAACACACGUAGUACAUGUGUGAGGUUUUUAUUUAUAAGUCAGAGACAGGAUGGGAGACUUUUGGGUUCACUCAAAAUGUAACUUCACUACUUUACGAGGUUCAGCAAGCUUCAGUGUCUGCACAGAAUGUUGUUUCUGUUUUAGUUCUCUCCUUUUUGUAUCAUCUGGUUGGAUAUUGAGGAGCCCGUCAAAACAAAACGGGAUAAUAACGUGUGACCACAAGAUAAUUAUUAGUCAUUUCCAUGCAGAGACUGUUGAUCGUUAACAUGGACAUUUCAUUUUAUAGGAAUGAACUGCAUACUUCUGUCACUUGUAGUUAGGCAUGAAGUAAUUCUUAGCACGCCCCUGGGGGCAAACAGCAUUUUCUGUUUUCUGUUUCUUUGACUGAUCUUGAACAGAAGUUAAAAGAAAUAGAAAUCGGAAAAUGUUGUUUUGCCCCUGGUAACUGGGAGCACGGGGCUCAAGAGGUUAAGACACAGGUGAUCACUGGAGUUUUCUUUGUUCAAAAAACUUUUUUUUUAAAGCUCAACACUCAAAACACACUUUUCUCCAACCACAUCUUUGCCAUGGAAAGAGUGGAGUUACAUUAUGUCACAUUCAGGAUCAAAGUGUUACCUGACACACACUUAUGGCGUUCAGUGUCAUCUCAUACAUACUGGUGCUAUGAAAAAUGAAUCGUUUAGAUUGAACCAUGAAGGUAUACUCUUCAGAUUCAACAAAUAAUCAAAAUCAGAUCAGAAUCAGGUUUAUUGGCCAAGUAUGUUGACACACACAAGGAAUUUGUUUCUGAAUAAUAAUAAGUGUAGGGCACCUUUGAACAGUUAAAAACAAAAAUAGUGUAUUGUAUUUCCAUCUGCAGCUACAACAACCCUCACAAAGAGACAUGGCCACGCAUUCAUUAUUUUUUUAAUGCAAAUGCAAUAUCACCGGAUGGGUUCAGUAAGAAACAUCCCAAAAAUUCAAGGUAAAAUGUUUGAAAAUGGAAUUUAAAAAAAACUAUGUUAACGUUUUGACAAAUAUUAGCGACUCUUUUUUACAUAGUCCUUAAAAUAAAAUGUUGAAAAUGA